UUUUCUUAAAGUACAGUCUCAAGUGGUGAUCUAUAAAGAUUACAAUAAACUACGUAGUAGGUGCACUAGACUCUAGAAGGGUUAGGUGUAGAGUUCAAUGAUGUGAGUGGACUCAAAUGAGAAACAUAAGUCUGUAUGCACUGAGAGCGUUCUUCAGUUCCAGGGAAGAGAAUGAAGAGAGUCUGCAUUUGAUUUUCCAGAGAGAGAGAGAGGAUUGUAGCGGGUAGAGGACGAAAGAGAAAAUAACUCUUCAGUGUCGCUCACGGAACUCUCCAGCAGCCUAUUAUCACGGACUAAGAACCACGUUCAGGCCAAGGAGCAGCUGUGGACAAGCUUCCAAUUCAAGAGGAUGAAUUCGGCGCUGACAUUGUCUUCAUCGUUGGAAGCACAACCAAUUGCGUCGUAAUAUCACUGAAUCCAGUAAUUGAGAAUGGUGUUCAGUUCGCAGAUCAGAUUCUAUUUCUGCAAGAAGAAGCUACACCUGUACAUCGAUUAAUAGCUGGCUCCAUUUUGAUUCUUGUUUCGUUUCGUUCUGCGGGCUUGAAGUUUUUAUCUCAGGUUGAUCAUCAUGCACAGAAACACAGUGUACGGCCACACAGAGUGGCGAAGACACAAGUCUUGCUGGAGGCACAGUCGCCAUCUUUCAUCAAUAUUCUCUUCAGGAGUGAUCUUCACUUUGGGUCCACCUGUAAUUCUCUGCACUCUCGUCGCGACUUUGGUCUCAGUCAUCAACCAUUUAGUGCAAGAUAGGCGUCUUCCCAAGUGGAUGCCACUUCUUCACGUCGCAUCGCUACCGUUCACACUCACUGCUCCGGUGUUGGCCCUCCUACUUGUUUUCCGCACAAACGCUUCGUAUAGUCGUUUCGACGAGGCUCGCAAAGCAUGGGGAUCAAAUGUCAACAGGACAAGGGACUUGGCAAGACAAGCUUUGACGUGGAUACGAAUGCCAUGUGACGCACCAAAACUGCACUGUCUACUGCGACAUAUCAAGGCUUACUCACUGUGCUUGAAAGAUCACAUGACUGAAGAUAAUACACUCAGAGAAGAACUGACGGCUGUACUCGAGCCCAGUGAAGUGGACUGUGCGAUGAGCUCUCAACAUCGUCCCAACUAUAUUUUACAGGUUAUGUCGGAAUUGAUCUCACAGUGCCAGAUUUCCCAGUGGGAGAAGAUAACUAUGGACAAAAACAUUACAGCGUUUCAUGAUAAUGUGGGAGCUUGUGAAAGAAUCUUCAAAACACCCAUCCCGCUCGCCUACACGCGCUUGACAUCUCGCAUGUUAAUGUUCUGGCAUCUGGCUCUACCAGUUGGGCUUUGGAACACGUGUGGUUGGCUCACAAUUCCUGUCUCGUUCAUGAGCGCAGCUGCAUUGUUUUACAUUGAAGAAGUCGGAGUUUUAAUCGAGGAGCCGUUUUGGAUUCUGCCGUUGUUGUCGAUCAGUCAAGGCAUUUGCUCUGCAGUUGAUGGUUUGUAUGUUGCACACAAAGAAGCGUCCAUGUUGUGGAGCAUUCACCAACCAACAAAUGUUAAUGACCAUGUAAUUAUCAGCUUUGAUGGAUCGAGGUCCGCUGGGAUUUAUCAACACAACAAUAUUGAUGUUAAAUUCUCUAGAGUAAACUCAGUUGGUUAAAAAAAAUUAAAAAUCUAAAGUAAUUAAUUUGUAUUACAGUAGAAAUGAAUUAAAGCUUAACUAUAUUGGCAUGUUAGAACAGAUGUAGUUCCAGAUAUUCUAACUUAUUUUGUUAAUAAAAUAUUUCAAAUAUGAAAGUAUAUUUAGAGAGGCAUAAUCUAUACCUCCAGUUAUUUUAGUAUAAAUAUCGUUUACGAGAUGGUUUGUAUACAAAAGUACGAACAGAAUGUUUACAUACAGAAUGUCCACACAAUGUAUUCCAGUAUAUACAUUAAAUGCACAAGAAACACUUUGCAAGAAAA